UCCUCGGCUGCUUUUUCGCAUUUCUAUUCUCGAGGAACCAUGAAAAACCUAUUCGGGGAGUCUGCACAUAUUCCCUUUCUCCAUAGGUUUCGGUCCAUGCACAUACCGAACGUGAAAGCAAUGUCGAACUCAGUGUUCCGAAUUCUUUUGCUUCUGGUUUCCCUUGCAGUACAGGCAUCAGGAGCUGCGCCUGGACUUGCAAGGCCUGAAUGUAACGAAACAUGCGGGAAUGUCACCAUUCCCUUCCCCUUCGGAGUAGGAGCCGGGUGUUUCUUGGACGAGUGGUACGAGAUCGACUGCCAGCAAAGCAACACAGUUCCCGUGCUAAAUAAGACUGGAUUGCGAGUUCUCAACAUUUCUUUCCCCUCUGUCUGGGGAUACACGAACGGCAUGAUUAGUGUCCGUCUGCCUUUAAUUUACUCAAAUGCAAGCUGUGGGGCCGAUGGACUUGGUGAGCCGGUGAGCUUCGAAGGAGGUCCAUUUGUCUUCUCUCAAACAAGAAACGUCUUUACAUCGGUCGGUUGUGAUACCCUGGCAACAGUCGGUACUACAGAAUCGGCCGUUGUCGGUUGCAGGUCAAAAUGUGCUGAAAUCAGCACCAACAUUAGCUGGCAUUAUAGUACUUGUUCCGGGAGGGACGAAUGCUGCCAGAGUACGCUCCCCUUCGACCUUCAGGUCUUCAGUGUGGAUUUCAAAGAAGAAGGUGGACAUCACGGGUGCAAGCAUGCUUUCCUGGCAGAUAGAUCAUGGUUCUUGAAGUCUAAUGAAACAGGUUUAUAUGACUUAAGAAUGGGUAAUACGGUUCCAGUGGUGCUGGAAUGGGGGAUCACAGACAAUACCCACUAUUCACGUGAGCUUAUGCAGCAAAAUUACAGCACAAUCUACAGCUUGAGCUAUAAUGAACCUUUCAACUGUGACAGCAGCUUCUCCGGCAUUGAAAUGCCAUUUAUGCAGUGCUAUUGUGGAUCGGGGUAUCAUGGUAACCCUUAUCUUAUUAAAGGAUGCGAAGAUAUCAACGAAUGCGAAGAUCCAAAAAACUGUAACGGGACUUGUUUGAACAAGCAGGGCUACUAUGACUGCGUUGAUGGUAGAACAACAACUAAAUUCAUUCUUGUUGGGGUUGGAGCAAGCCUUGGGGCACUACUUCUGUGUCUUCUCUUAUGGAGGUUGUACGAAUACAUCAAGAAGAGAAAAGAAAUCAAGCUCAAAGAGAAGUACUUCAUUCAGAAUGGCGGUCUUUUGUUGGAAAGUGAGCUAUCUUCACCAAAAUAUAAUGUCGAGAAAAGCAAAUUGUUCAACUCCAAGGAAUUAGAGAAGGCCACAGACAAUUUCAACAAUGAUAGGAUACUUGGGCAAGGUGGACAGGGUACUGUUUACAAGGGAAUGUUAACAGAUGGAAAAAUAGUUGCAAUUAAGAAAUCGAAAGUGAUAGACAAGGGACAAGUCGAACAAUUUAUAAAUGAAGUUCUUAUUCUCUCAAAAAUCAAUCAUAGGAAUGUGGUCAAGUUAUUGGGGUGUUGCUUGGAGACGGAAGUCCCACUUUUAGUAUAUGAGUUUAUACCAAAUGGGACUCUAUACGAAUAUCUACAUGAUCCAAGUGCAGAGUUUCCUAUAUCAUGGGAUACACGGCUACGAAUUGCAACUGAAAUUGCAGGAGCCUUAUUCUACUUGCAUUCAGCGGCCUCUAUUCCCAUUUAUCAUCGAGACAUCAAGUCUACCAAUAUCCUCUUAGAUGAGAAAUAUCGAGCAAAAGUGGCAGAUUUUGGUACUUCCAAGUCUAUUUCACUCGAUCAAACUCAUAUAACUACAUUAGUGCAAGGGACUUUUGGCUACCUAGAUCCGGAGUAUUUCCAGUCAAGUCAAUUUACAAACAAAAGUGAUGUAUAUAGCUUUGGAGUUGUCCUUGUUGAACUCUUAACGGGACAAAAGCCAAUCUCAUCGCAAAGGGAACAAGUAGGAAGAAGCCUUGUGACCUAUUUCAUAAAUUCAAUGGAGGAGAUUCGCUUGUUCAACAUUGCUGAUGCUCAUGUGUUGAAAGAAGGUAAGAAGGAAGAGAUUGCAUCAAUGGCUAAACUUGCGAAAAGGUGCUUAAACUUGAAUGGGAGGAAGCGACCUACAAUGAAAGAAGCGGCAAUGGAGUUGGAGGGAAUAAGGAAGCUUCAAAAUCUUUCAGGUAUGCAGCACAAUCAAGAGUACCGUGAGCCCACUGAAUCUCAUGAUGCUGUCUUUGCAUCUAGCCAGUCAAGCAUCGACAUGAAUAUCAUUACAUUUUCGGGUGUGCAGCCACUCUUAACUGGUGAGACGUGAUGAAGAUCUUAUUUGCCUCUUUGCACUUUGGAAUAAGAGGCCUUUGGAUAGUUACAGUUAUAAGCUUAUUCUCAGUAUUCGGGAUCAAUAGACUCUUAGCUCAUACCAUCCCAAAGUUAUUUGACGUCAACUUUGUUCAUUUCUUGUAACUAGCCAGGCAUACGGUAUAUGCGCCAAUUUGGAAAAAACUUUGCAAAUUGGAAUCAUAUAGCGGAAGCAUGAUGCAGUGAUUUUACUUUAUUUUGAG